CCCCAAGGCAACGGUUAGUUCUGGUGUUUAUUUUUAAAUAAAUAAAUUGUGGUAACUUUCAGUGACGCUAUACUCACCUUGGAUAAAAUGCACAUUCAAGGUUAACCUUGGAGUGACCUUCUAACGUAAGGCGCAUAUAUAAGAGACCAAAAGGAAUUGUUGUGACGCGACGACAUACAAACAAACGCACAGCUUCCUCAACCAAGGAACUGUUAAGAACACCAUCAUCUCCUCACUCACAACGGCGCAACGUCUGGACGCGAAUGGACACGGCUUUCUCGUAGGAAAAUUUUGCGGUAUUCCCGGGAUUUCUACUUGACCAUCAGUAUCGCGUUACUUCAAUCUUCCUCAAGAAAUCUCAAGAUCAAGCACUCUUCAACGAGGUGGAACCAGGCAAAAGAGAACAGCAUGUCUCCUACGCUCAACCUUCACGUUGACUAUUUGUCUCAACCAUCUAGAGCUCUGGUUCUCCUGUGUAAUGCGAUCAGCGCCCCCCACAAUGAGCAUCUCUUGUCCUUCGUGAAAGGGGAUCAGAAAAAACCAGAAUUCCUGAGUAUUAAUCCUUUUGGAAAAGUGCCGGCAGUCCAGGAGGGGGAUAUUCAUAUCAAUGAGAGCUGUGCAGCUCUUCGUUACAUUGCCAGUAAAUACGACAAGUCAGGUCAAUGGUACCCCAAGGAUUUGGAUAUCCGGGUCAAAGUUGACGAAUACCUGGAUUGGCAGCACACAAACACCAGAAACCAUGGCGUCGGAUACUUCUACAACAAGAUGAUAGCACCAGGCGUAACCAAGAAGCCGAUGGACGAGCCAUUGGUGAACCGGCACAAAGAGGCACUGGGCCAAGUAGAAAAGCACUUCGUAGACUACUUCCUCGCCUCGAAGCCUUUCAUUGUCGGCGACCACUUGACCAUUGCUGACCUUGCUGCUGCCUGUGAGUUCGAGCAACCUUUGGCCGGAGGUUAUGAUCUUUCACAGCCAGUCAGGGAAUACCUGAAAAGGGUCGAAAAUGCUCUUGGGCCGCACUACCAAGAGGUGCAUAAGGUCCUGCAUGAUACUAUGAAACAGUGAAACACACUUGAACGCUAAGAUUGCUCAGUUUUUAUGAAAUCUUGGGAUAAUAAAUGAAACUUUACAGAUACUAAA